UUUGCUGAAUGUGAAACGCCAGAUUAUUACUCUCCGGGUGAAUUUUCUUGGCUUUAAAAAGGUGGCGCUAGUCAGUAUAUUGCGCACCAGGAGAAUUUUUGUGCAUCUUUUCGGCGCCUCUUCAUUCGGGGCCUGAGAAAUGUUUUAAUCUGCCGCACUCAUCCUUUCCACUAACAUGGCGGACCAGAGUGAGAAGAAAGAAAAUCCUAUGCGUGAGCUUCGCAUCAGAAAGCUCUGUAUGAAUAUCUGUGUUGGUGAAAGUGGUGAUCGACUUACUCGAGCUGCCAAAGUUCUUGAACAGCUAACGGGCCAAACACCUGUGUUUUCCAAAGCUCGCUACACUGUGAGAUCAUUUGGUAUCAGGAGAAAUGAAAAGAUUGCUGUUCACUGCACAGUUCGUGGUGCUAAAGCUGAAGAAAUCCUGGAAAAGGGCCUUAAAGUUCGUGAAUAUGAGUUGAGGAAAAACAACUUCUCCGACACUGGCAACUUUGGCUUUGGCAUUCAGGAGCAUAUUGAUUUGGGUAUCAAGUAUGACCCAAGCAUUGGUAUCUAUGGUUUGGACUUCUAUGUGGUUCUGGGUAGACCAGGCUUCAGCAUUGCAGAUAAAAAGCGUAAACGUGGCCGCAUUGGAGCUAAACACAGGAUCAGCAAGGAGGAGGCCAUGCGCUGGUUUCAGCAGAAGUAUGAUGGAAUCAUUCUCCCAGGAAAAUAAAUGUGUUUGCAACUAUCAAUAAAGAAAAGAAAAUCUAACGCAUUAUCUGUUUGUUUUUAGUCUACUGAGUAUUAUUGUAACUUGGAUUGGACAGAAUGUUUACUGUCAUAUGUAUUACUGGUUUACAUUAUCUAUAUGCGUCAAAUGUAUACAUUACCAUGUCUAGUAAUGGGUCAUUUAUCACAUUUUGGUAAGUGCUAUCCUAAAGUUUACCUCAGCAGCCCUGCAUGUCUUGUCAUGUGCAUAUGGUUAAUGCCAUCAAACAAUUCCUCAUCCAAAUGCUCAUUUUUUGAAAUAUAAGCCUAAACACUUAAGUAGAUUUCCUAGUAGUGGCUACACUGUUCUUAUUCUUGUCCACUAGGAAUAGGAGUCUUUGAAUUAUCUUGUCAGCUGAAAUCACUAGGUAGCAAAUGGAUUAUUUCCUCCUUCCCUCUGCAGCCCUCUCCCUCCUCUGUUGGGUUUAGUGUGGUGUCAUACGUUUAUUGUUGUCUUAACUGAAGAUAUGAAGAUCUAUAUUUAAGAAGGCAUAAAUGGGAAAUAAAAUAAACUUGUGGGAAGAGAGAGUUUUAUAAAACAGAUGGACACAUAAGAUGCAAUAUAUAUAUAUAUAUAUUAUUAGUAUGGUGCUUGGAAUGAGGAUAGGAACUGCUUCAGAAGGCCUCAGAUGGGAAAUUGUGCUGUCUGUAGUCUACACUCCCUGAUAUCAUCCUUAAUUUUUCCUAUCCUGAACUGGCUCUAUUUUCCUAGAUUUUUGUGCAUUCAUUUCUCUUUUACACACACUUCUUUUGAGUUUUCCCCCUGUGUUUUUUAUUGUCUCAUUACGCCUUCUAGCAAUGGUUUUUUAUCUACACCCGUUUAAAGGAUACUGCUAUCAGUAACGUUCGAUUCUAACAGUGCACAACCGAAAUGUUAAUUACACUGUUAUGAGAGUUCCCAAUACUUUUUAAUCUAUACCAUGUUGAUUAAUCUUGCUGAGAAUUUAAGAGUGUUUCAUUUCAAUCUGUUGCCUAAUUAAGAUACUUUUAAUAGUAUGGUAUUGCGUUGUGUAAAAAUCUAUCAAAAACUCGGGAAUUGACAAAUACAAUGAAUGCACAAUGUUUAUCAUUUAAAUAUUUUAUUCACACAAACAGUAAAUAAUGAUUUAUGACAUAUUAUGACGCUAUGAAAGGAAACUGACAUUUCUGUAAUGGAUUAGGCAAUUUUCUUUUAAAUUCAACAACCCUUUGUUAUUUUCGCUAUUGUUCACAAAACCUUUAUCUUUCGUCACCAACCUUCUACCAGUAUAAUACAAAGAAUGGAAUUGAUUCUUUCUGGGGAAAUGUGUAGUUUAGAUAAAUGGACCUUAAUUUGAAUAUAUUAUACCAUUCCAUUCAAUCGUGUUGAAUAUUGUUUUGUUAUUUGAGGGGGAGGGGAGAGGUUCCUACAAUGGUUUUCUGAAUUGUCACCCUAUUUUUGUUCAAAUGAGAUUUCAAUUUAAAUCUUCUCAUUUCUAAAAUUAGGAAAUCAAUUAUGCAACCGUCAGGGUGUAAUCAUGUUAUCCUGUGCAUUUGAUCCAUAAUCAUUUUAUCUCAUAGUUGGUAAUGCCCCAAUGUUCUGAAUUAAUAUGGUGGCAAUAGGAAAUUGUGGUAACACCUAGAAUAGAUAUUGUUCCGUUACCUUACUGAUACCUGCAUUGUUCUAUUCUGCACAUACCUGAUUCUUGAAGGCCACAGCCAAGCUUUGACUGGGUCUCAGUAGGUUAAAUCUGAGUUUGUUACUGAAUGUGAUAUACAGUAGUUAUUUAUACCAUUUCUCCCCCAACCUGUUUAAUUUCUGAGAAACCCAAACCCCCUGGCAAUUUCCAACAUAGUAUAUAUAUUUUAUAAUUUAGAAACUGAAGUGUAAUGAAUUACAUUUUCAAUGAUAUACAAUAAAUUGAUAUUGACCAAUCUAC